GGCUCGAGGCCGCACCGCUCCGGCCCGCCAUGCACGCGCCGGCCGCCCCCGCCCCGCACGGGGCGUCCGUCGCGCGGGGCGCCUGCGGGGAAGCCACCGGCCCGGCCAUGGCGGCACCCGGCCGCGCCUCUAGGAGCGGGGCGGCAGCGGCGCCACCCGAGCCGGUGGAGAAGGCGCAGGCGAUCGUCCAGCAGCUGCUGCGACUCGCGGCCGAGCUCCACGACGGGCCAGCGGGCGCCGGCGGCUCCGGCCCCGCGGCCCCGCGGCGCCCCCGCGCCCAGGGCGAGGUGCAGGCUGCGGACGCGGCGCUGCAGAGGAGCCUGGCGUUCCUGCGCGACCUCGACCGGCAGUCGGAGGCCCUGGCCGGUCUCCGCGUGCCGCUCGGCGCGGUGAGGCACCUGGACGGGUCGACGCUGAGCCUGCUCCACUGGUGCCACGGCCUGCGGCGGCGGCUGCAGGCCUCCAACGCCGAGGCUCGCCGCUGUGCGGCCCCGCUCGCCGAGCUCUCCGAGAGCCUACGCGGCGCCGGCUGGGCAACGCAGGGCGCCUGCGAGGUGCCGCCCCCCAUGAAGCGGCGCCGGGCGGAGCCGCUUGCGGGCGACGCUGUGGCCACGGGGUGUCGCGGGGCCGCCUCGUAGGGGAAACACUCUGUGCCGAUGUGUGCUUCUUGGCAGGUCGCAAUCCUUCUCCUC